AUGGAGGAAAGCAGAGUGGUGCAUCAGCUGCUGGAGGUGUCUUCUUCGUCGGAGGGGGAGACGGACGAGGAGGUGGCGGAGCUGGAGCUGAGGCCGCCGACUUGGCUUGAUUACUUGGCCGACGACGGAGGCGGCGGCGGCCGCGGAGGUGUUUAUGCUGGGAAAAAGAAGAUCCUUUCGAAGCAGUCGUCGAUGAGGGAGACGAGAAUGGAGGCGAAGUGGGAGAAGCGGCGGAAGCAGGUCCUGCAGAGGAAGAAGUCGGCGGGGGAUACUGCGGCGGAGGUGAACGAGCCGGUGAGGAAUCUGACGGACGAGGACAUGGACGAGCUGCGGGGGUCGAUCGACCUCGGGUUCGGGUUCAGCGAGGAGGGCGGCGGCCAGGACCUCUGCGGGACGCUGCCGGCGCUCAACCUCUACUUCGCCGUCAACCGCCAGUUGUCGGACCCGAAGCUGGCGACGCCGCCGAGCCCCGGAUCGACAGGGACCUCCUCCUCGUCGACGCUGGGCGGCCACCUGAGCCCCCGGAGCCCCGCGAACGAACACGCGGCGGCCGACGAUUGGAAGAUUUGCAAUCCAGGGGACAAUCCACAACACGUUAAGACAAGACUGAGGCAUUGGGCACAAGCAGUGGCAAUUUCUCUCAGGCAGGGCUGCUAA